UAACAAAAGUGGAAAGGGAGGAGAAAGAGAAGAGGGAUUGCUGUUUCAGAAGACAUUAAUGGAAAGACUGUGGCAAAUACUGUGAUUGUCUUUAAAGGAAGUUUCCUGGAGACCUAGAGAAAAAGAAGCCCAAAGAAGGAAACUAAAGGGCUAUGAUUUCCUUGUCCUGUUGCUUUGUCUCUGGCUCCCUCUGCCUCUGGAAGAAUACCCACAGGACACAAAGAUGCCCAGCUGGUCACUGCACGCCCAAGUUCGUUUUAGCUGGUGCUUCUCUCCUGUUUAGCCUGCCUGCUUUCUCUGAAGGGGAAGAUUCACAACCCGACAGCCCUUUAGUUUAACCUGAAGAGUGUGUGCCGCCUCUCUGACCAUCUUAAGAGCCUACUAGAAGUGCAAGUGAGAGGAAAAGAGGAGAACUUGCAAGUGCCCGAGGAGCUCCUGAUGCCAAAAGAAGAUAAACAUUCCUGUGCACGAAGCGGAAAGAACAGAGAAGACUGAUUUACUGCUGCUUUCCGUAAUAUUUUUCUCCCUAUCCUUUGGCACACACAAGUGUUCGGAAAUCUUUGAAAACAUAAAACAAAACACCAACCCCGAAGCCCCAACCCCUUGGCUAGCUCUUAUGGGAAUGAAACACUCCUCCCGCUGCCUGCUCCUGAGGAGGAAAAUGGCGGAGAACGCUGCCGAGAGCACUGAGGUUUGCCCUGUCCCAUCCCAGCCUCCACAGCCUACUGUUGUUCCGAAGCCAGUUCAAUCUGUCAUACAUGUCCCAUUGCAACCAAGCUGCCCGGGCCGAGGCAAGAUGGCAAAACUCCUCAAUCCAGAAGAGAUGACAUCCAGGGAUUAUUAUUUUGAUUCCUAUGCUCACUUUGGAAUUCAUGAGGAAAUGUUAAAGGAUGAAGUACGUACAUUAACCUAUAGAAACUCAAUGUAUCACAAUAAGCAUGUUUUUAAAGAUAAGAUUGUCCUUGAUGUUGGAAGUGGCACAGGAAUCCUCUCCAUGUUUGCUGCAAAGGCAGGAGCCAAGAAAGUAUAUGGGAUUGAAUGUUCAAGUAUAUCUGACUACUCAGAAAAAAUUAUCAAGGCCAACCACUUGGACAACAUAAUCACAAUAUUUAAAGGUAAAGUGGAAGAAGUUGAAUUACCUGUGGAUAAAGUAGACAUCAUCAUCAGCGAGUGGAUGGGUUACUGUCUUUUCUAUGAGUCAAUGUUAAACACAGUCAUCUUCGCACGAGACAAGUGGCUGAAACCAGGAGGGCUAAUGUUUCCAGACCGAGCUGCUUUGUACGUGGUAGCAAUUGAAGACAGACAGUACAAGGACUUCAAAAUUCACUGGUGGGAGAAUGUGUACGGCUUUGACAUGACCUGUAUUAGGGAUGUUGCCAUGAAGGAGCCUCUGGUGGACAUAGUAGAUCCAAAGCAAGUGGUGACCAAUGCCUGUUUAAUAAAGGAAGUAGACAUCUAUACAGUGAAGACUGAAGAACUGGCAUUUACUUCUGCAUUCUGCCUCCAAAUUCAGCGUAAUGAUUACAUUCAUGCCUUGGUCACCUAUUUUAAUAUCGAAUUUACAAAGUGUCACAAGAAGAUGGGAUUUUCUACAGCACCUGAUGCUCCCUAUACUCACUGGAAGCAAACUGUCUUCUACUUAGAGGACUAUCUAACUGUGAGACGAGGAGAAGAAAUCUAUGGAACAAUAUCCAUGAAACCAAACGCAAAAAAUGUGCGUGACCUGGAUUUCACAGUAGACUUGGAUUUCAAAGGACAGCUAUGUGAAACAUCAGUAUCUAAUGACUACAAAAUGCGCUAGCAAGAAACCUCUUGGUGAGAUGAAAAGAAUUGUAUGAAGUCCUGAACUGCUGAACUUCAAGCUAGGAACAAGUGAUCACAAGAUUAUUAUAUUAAACAUUAGAAUGUUUACUCCAAUGGAAAGCGGUAACCUGAUUCCUCUUGCAGUUAGUACAGAGGGCUGGGAUCCCUCUGUGAAUGUACAGUGUACAGAACCACAGCUUUUGUCAAACAUAUAGGAAAAACAAACAACAGUAUUGAGUGUUCUGGUUAACUUUAGGAUGGCAGAGGAUGCAUAUAAAAAUUGUACUACUUACUGUGAAUUUCUGGUUCUUCCAAGCUUUGCAUGUUACAGGUGAUUAGGGCAGUGUCUUCAAUAUAGAAGACCACUAAAACACAUCACCAUGAUAGUAUUGAAUAUUAAUUAAAUAUUAAAUAUAGUAUAAAUAUUAUAUAUAAUACAAUAUAAAAUAAUAUAUAUAUUGUACAUGAGAAAAAAUGUUACUUCAUAAUUGGAAUUUGUUUUGUGAUUACUUAAUUUUCAUUAUGCAGUUAUGGAAAGAUAAUAGCACUACUCUAGGCAGUGUUAUAUUCCAGGUGUCAUUAACUGUCCAAAAUUAGAGCUUUGGGAAAUAUUCCAUGCAAAAUGUAGGUAAGAGCUGUGACUUUAUAGACAGAUCAACAAGUAUCUCUUACAAUAUCUAUCUGGAAAAUAUGGACCAUGAUUUUUAAAAUUCACCUCCACAACUGGACCUCAGUCAGAGCUUAAAAGAACAUUAGCAUUUUAUUCUUGAAUAUAUUAUGUGGUGAGUUUUUAUAGCUGGAUUUUGCAUGAGACCUUCUGAAAUCAGACAGCUGGUAUUUAAAUGUGCUGAGUGCAAAGUCUCUGAAAUGGUGGGCAGUUCAUGUUUUUUGGCCUUGUAGUUUUUUUGCCCAUUUCUGUUCUCUGCAAGAUUCUUAAUACAAAACCAUUUUCAAAAAUAGGAGAUUAGUGUUUCCUUUUGUUGAUGUUUUAGAUGAGUUUUAAUAUGCAAAUACUAGUCUCAAGAGUGCAGUGAUUUGCUGGAACAAGUUGAUGUCUUUUAAAAAGUAUCUAUAGCUUCUGAUAUUACUAAGAUGUCUGUAUCUUUCCCAUCCCCUUACAUUCCUUGUUUUCAUUACAAUACCUUAAGGUUAUAGGUAAUAUAUUAACUGCUUAUAGUUUUUCAUAUGUAUGCAUUGAGUAUUUUUAAUAUAUGAAUAUUGAUCAUUUAAUCACAAGUAAUUUGUCAAAAACUGCAUCAUUAUUCCUAACUAUAAAUCUUCCAGUCACUAUAACAUUAGGCACUAAAUCAUGUUCCAUCAUUUAUUGGAUGAGUUGCCUUUUUUUUUUUUUUCCUGAAAAGUCUUUUUAAUCACCUGUAAAUAAAGCUUACUUGAAUAUGUGAGCUAAGAAUGCUGCUCAUCAGUAAGCUGUUUGCAGGUUCUUGUUUUGCCAGCAUAGGAUUGUCAGCUUUUCACUUUUUAGAAACCUGAAAUAUUGCUUUUCUCUUCAUGAAAACUGUACAGCACUUCAAUUUUCUUAUAGUCUAAAGAUUAUGGUCUAGGGAUUGUCUUACAUGGUAUCUAUGUAGAAUGAAAUUAAACUGUAAUUCAGCAGUAAA